AUGUUUCCAAGUGUCACGACCUUGGGGAUUUUCCUCACAUCUGAGUUCUGUAUCGCCGUCAUAGGGAACUCGUUGCUCUUCCUGUCUUACGUGUACAUCUUCUUAGCUCAUCGUUAUCUGCUGAAGCCCAUAGAUUCCAUUUUCAUGCACCUGACAAUGGCCAAUGUUUUCACAGUUGUCUUCUUGUUGAUACCUUAUAUUGCAUCAUCUUUUGGAGUGAGACGAUUUCUCAAUGAUGCUGGUUGUAAGGCAAUCUUGUAUAUCUACAGAGUUACCCGGGGUCUUUCCAUCUGUACUACCUCUUUUCUGAGUACAUUUCAAGCCAUAGCCAUCAGUCCCAGUAACACUAAGUGGGCAUGGUUGAAACCUAAACUCUCUAAAUGGAUCUUUCCAUCAUUCUUUUUCUCCUGGGUCAUCAACAUGCUCAUUUACAUUCAUAUCAUUCAUACUGUAAUAGCCAAGAACAAUGCCAGUCAUGCUGGCCAGGGUUAUGUUCAUGCUUUCUGUAAGACCAGGGAUUCUAGGGAUGAAAAUUCACUGCCAUUUUUCAUUAUAUUAUUGACUCGAGAUCUCCUGCUUGUGGUACUCAUGAUGUCAACCAGCCUCUACAUGGUGAAUCUCCUUUUCACACAUCAUAGGAGAACCCGGCAUGUCCAUAGCCGGAGCCUCUCCUCCCAGACAUCUCCUGAAACCAAAGCCACUCAAAGCAUCCUUUUGCUGGUAAGUUGCUUUGUGUUCUUUUAUUGGUUGGGUAACUUUAUCACCCUUUAUGAAUUCUACACACCCAAUAAAAUCCCAAGAUUGGAAGGAAUUAAUGCCAUUUUGUCAUCUUGCUACCCAACCGUUUGCCCUUUCUUACUUAUGAGGAAUAAUAAAAUCAUUUUUCAAUUUAUUUCAUCCUUUUCUAUACUGAGAAUUUCAUGUACUCAAAAUACAUUCAGUAGCUGA